GCAUCAGUCACUUGUGAGCAUGCACGGUCUGACAAUGAUCUCAUUUGUCCUUUUACUCGCCGCCGGCGUCAUUGCUGUGGCAGCAGCACAAUCUGGAGGACAUGGCGAAGAAGGUAUCGGCCAUCACGAGCGUGCACCGCUUCAUUACAACUUUGAAUACAAAGUCCACGAUGAACAUACAGGAGACGUCAAAGCUCAUCAUGAGACAAGAGAAGGCGACAAAGUCAAGGGAUUCUACACGCUGAAAGAAGCCGACGGUACAGUCAGAGAAGUCCAUUACACAGCUGAUCACAAAAAAGGUUUCAUUGCGAAAGUUAAAAGAAUAGGACAUACCGUCCACCGCGUACCUGAAUACCACCAUUAUUAUUAAUAAGUCUAUGUAAACAGUUAAAUCCUGUGUAAAUUUGUAAUAUACUAUACAAAUAUAUAAUAAUGUCAUG